UUAUAAAUAAGAAUACUGAUUAUUUACUGAAUUAUUUUAAUUGUUUUAGAGUAAUAAUUGUACUACUACUAGUAAUACUACAAUUUCUAAUGCUGUCAAUGAUUGCAGUGUUGAUGAUACUUUCUUAAAUACUGUUGAUGUGAGUAAUCAAAUAUUAAGUAAUAAUUCAAAUUCUGAUGAAGUUGUCAAUUGCAAAGAUGUUAAUAAUACAUUAAAUAUACUAGAAAAGGAGAAUGUUAUGAAAGUUUGUGCUUUGGUUAAUGCUGAUGUUGAUGAUGACAAAGAUAUUGUUAUGGUUGAAGAUGUUGACAACAAUAAUUUGUUAGAUAAUAAUUUUACUUUAAAUUAUUUUCAAAAACCUAUGCUGUCUAGUAUCAAUGAUUUUUUUAAGUAUCAUCCAAAACAACCUCAUGUUGAAAAACUGUUUAAAUCAUCUAAAGCUUAUUUUAGAAGCAAUAGUAUUAAACGCCAGUGGCUAAGUUUUGAUAAUCAAUCAAAAAGCUUGUUUUGUAGUGUAUGCUUAGCUUUUUCUUCAGAACCUAAUCUAUUCACUAAAGGCUUAUCUGUUUGGACACAUGUAUACCAACGUAUAGAAGAACAUGAAGCUAGUAAAACACAUAUGUCUUGUUCUGAAUCAUAUCUUUUACAUACAAGUUACAAAACUAUUAAUAUAUUACUAUUUUCUGAUUUUAAAAAGAAAAAAAAAGAAGAAAUUAAAAAAAACAUACAAAUACUUCAGCGUGUCAUAGAUAUAGUAAAAUUAAUUGGUAAGAGAGGACUUAGUUACCGAGCUCAUAGGAACGAAUCCGCUUUGUCUUUAAAUAAUCCUAUUUUAGAUCAUGGCAAUUUUUUGGAUAUAUUGCUUCUUUUAAAAAAGUAUGACAUUGUUCUAAAUGAACAUGUUGAUUCGUUAACUAAUAAGGCUCAGCGUAAAGCAAAUAGUGGAAACUCUAAAGGAAAAGUUUCGAAGGUUACUUUCUUUUCAAAAACCACAGUCAAUAUGGUGAUCGAUUCCAUAAGUACCCUAAUUAAGAAAAACAUAUCUUCACAGAUUUUAGAGGCACUUAUGUUUUCAGUACAGAUGGAUACUACUCAAGAUGUAUCAGUACAGGACCAAUGUUCACUCAUUGUACGGUAUGUGAACUCCAGUGGUGUACAUGAAAAACUUUUAUCAGUUGUAACUAUGACAGAAACCAAAGGAAAAAGUUUCCAUGAAAUGUUAGAAAAUAAAUUGUUAAUCUUAAUAGACUCUACUAAGUCUGCAUUGCCUGCAGUAAAACUAUUUUCUUUACUUAAUGAAGUCGCUGUGUUUUUCAAAGAAUCUUAUAAAAGAAUGAAUGUUUGGAAAAAUACUGUUGGAGAAAAUAUUAAAAAAAAAUUGGUUUCUAUCGGAUUGACGCGGUGGUGGUCAAAAGAAAAAUCUUUACAAACUAUUUUUGGUGAAGAUAACCUUUAUGUGCAACUUAUAAUAUCAUUAGAUACAAUUCAAUCAUCCCCUGACUUUAAUCCUGAAAUUAAAGCAAAAGCUAGAAAUCUAAAAGAAGCAUUUAUGAAUAUCUACAAACCUCAGGAAUUGACUUGA